AUUUGGAUUGUUGUCCUCAGUCUCACCUUAAUAUCGGUGCUGUUAUCUUUAAAAGGCGUUUCAGGAAGUUUAGCUGUGACAGCUGCCAAAAAUACAAGGAGAAGUAGCUUGAGUUCCCUGCCUGUGUUUCCCCGGAUUUUGAGUUAGUGUUUCGGUGAGGAAGCGGAGAGGCCGUAGUUCUGUCCGGAGACAUUAUGGUUUCAGUGGAGACACUUUUGUUCGGGGACUCGUCGCACUCAGUGGUAUGAAGCUGGCACAAUGCUUUUCAUUUUCCUGUGCCUUCUAGCCGUCGUCCAAGUUCAAGCCCUGUCUGAGGCGACGUUGGCUCCACCACAGAACAUCCAUACUGAUAAUUGGCUGCUGAUGUGGACCCCCGCCACUGAGGAGAGGGACCUCACCUAUACUGUCCAGUACAGCAGCUUCAACACCAAAGUGUGGCAGGAUGUACCAGCUUGCAUCCAGACACCUUUCAACUCAUGCAAUGUCGCCUUCACCAAGGAUCAGAGCCAGCACGGCUGUGUGAAGCUGCGUGUGCGAGCAGAGAGACGUGGCCUGAAGUCAAUACCAGUCAAAGCCUGCAGCAGACACAGCGACACCUGCAGCCCUGAAGUCAAUCUGACUGCACGGCCCGGCUCCCUGACUGUUUAUUUGAACAAGAACAACAGUUUGACCGCGGAACAUGCAGCCCAUGUAAAACACAGGGUCUACUAUGGCAAAGAAGGAGAGUCACUGGAGCGUAUGUAUGAAGAUGGUACGUUAUCGGUGUCCAUCUCCAACCUGGAGGAGGGACAACGAUACUGUACCAAGGUGCAGUAUCUUUACUACAGCGACCCCAUUGGACUGGAGCGUUGUACGCAGUGUGAGGUCAUCCCCAAGUCAAGACACAAAGCGAAAGAAACAGAGGCGAUAGUUGCGGUGGUGGUUGUCGUGGUCCUGGUCGCCCUGAUGACUAGCGGGGCAUACUUCCUCAUCUUCCAGCGUAGGAGAAUCAAACAGUGGCUGCAGCCUCCUUGCGAGAUCCCACCUCAUUUUCUCCUGGAGCCAUUUCCUGAGCAUCACAUUUCGGCCCUCACCAGCAGCCCAACCGAAGGUCGCUAUGACAUCAUUUCUUCCAUUGAAUGAAGGCGGCUGCCCUCCCACCAUCCCCUUGUGCCCUGCCUAUUGUCCUGCUACUGCAAGGAUCAGACCUGGCCUGUAAAACAAAGCCAGAUCUGUAGGUAGCCAGCUAACUUCAGACUUAACCCUGAAUUUUCAGGGUUACAUCGCCAUGGUAACUUACCUGCUCCGGAGCAGGUUAACUUCAGAGGAUCAGAUCAAAACCUGUCAACAGUUCAAACUACUUGCCAAUCAAAUCACUGGAAAAACUGAGUCAUCGUUUCCACAGGACCCCGACAGGAUUCUAAAGGAAUGUUUUGCUUUUGGAGGUUUUCAUUCAUUCUUCAUUUUAAUUGAGCGAAGAUUCUUUGAUGUGACAGAAUCCCUGACAGCUCUGAUUCUCUGACUGUGAUUAAAAACUAAACCUAAUGUCUUUCAGUGAAAUGAUCCACACACUAUUAAAUCUAUCCCAUGAAUACAGAUGAACAUUUCAGUCAGACUGACCUGAUCAGACAUGAACUACUCCUCUCCUCUCCUCUCCUCUCCUCUGGCAGCAGAAACACAUUAACUGAUUUUUUUUUUACCUGCUUGUUACUAAUUCAGUAUCAGUUGUACAUUUUUUAUAAUGUUUCUAUUCUAGUCACAUUAUCAUGCUGUUUACAUUUCACCUUGUUGAAUAUUAGUUUUGCAUGUCGAUAGACCUGGAUUUACCUGCAGGUGUUGCCAUUUCUUUCCAUCUCAUAUUAAAUGCUUUAUCGUGGUUCUGACGAUGGUGCUUAUAGGGAACAUUUCAUGUGAACAUGAGUUAACUGAGCCAGUUGAUAACCAGCUUUGUAGUACAGGUGAUCCAGGAGGAGCGAGGUUAGGCACAGUGAAGCCAGAUAACUAAGAGACAUCGUGGAUAUGUAGAGCUUGCUUCUUAGUACAGGCUUCUGUUGGAACUGUUUGUGGGAGUCAGCUUCCAUCCUGUAAAUCAGCUGCAUCUUCUGGCUCCAAGCACUCACUUGAGUUUGCUCCACCUCUGUCUACAUUGUCAAAAUUUGUUUGUACAAGUCGCAUCUGUCAUUUGGAUGUUUCAUUGUCUGACUCCUGAAGUUAUUCAUGGACUCUUUUACACUGAUUGACCUAGUCACCUAGUCACUAAAACAUAUUUUUUCACUUAAAUGCAAAAGAGAUUUAGUUUCUAAAGCAUUAAAACUUUUUUUUUUUAACUUCAACACCAGAUCCUCUCUGUCAGAAUCACUGUCCCUGUUUCUCUGGAUAAUCUACACCACACAGUGGCAGCAACUGCCACGGUCAAAUGAAGUGUUGACAGUGAGUGACAGUAAGUCUGGAUUAUCCCUGGAGUUUCUGAAAAGACACUGCUGUUUAAUCCUUGAAUACAAAGACUGUUUAAUUCUGUGUGUAUCUGUCUGAACAUUUCCUGUUAGUUUUGGUCUCCAUGGAUACUUUAUGUGGCCUGGCUGCAGUAUUGAUGUUUCAUUUUUACUGUGUGACCAGUCACAGGGGCUGAACCUGGUGUGAUUAAAAGCUCUUCAGACGUAAGAGCCUGCAAGAGAAUUUUAUUUUCCCCUCCGCUUUUUUUUCUCCACAUAUUUUAAAGCUAUCUUCCUUUAACUUCCUAAUAAACUUUCAUACUGA